UACCCACAGUACUUAAUAAUGUUAUUUCCUGCUUAGCAACAAACAACAUGGCAGACCAAGAAGAGAGACCACCUUCUGGUGACAAGCCUGGCAUUGAAAAUGUUGUAACAGAUGCAACAAUAAAAGCUUUACAGGAGUUUGAUACUGGUGAAAUGGAACAGACAGGUGAGCCUCCUGCAGCUAAAGAAACAGAAGAAGGAGACCGCCCGGUUUCUGCCAAGUCAGGCUCACGUCCGAUGUCAGCAAGACCAGGAUCAAAAUCUGGGUCACGCCCAACAUCGGCCAAGCCUGCCUCCCCAGCAGGAAGUGGGAGGGCUUCAGUCACUGGAGACAGACCACCUUCAGCAUCACGUCCUGCUUCUGGACACAAAGCCCCUUCUCAGACAGGCAGCCGCCCUACCUCCGCAGCAAAGCAGGAAGGGUCAAGGCCAACCAGUGCCAAAUCUAGAUCAAAACCAACUAGUGCUAAAUCAGUCGUUGAACAGCCUCCUGUAUCAGCCACGGUACCUGAGGUCCCUGUAUCAGCCACGGUACCUGAGGUCCCUGUAUCAGUCACAGUACCCGUUGUCCCUGACGAUGAGUUAGCUUCACCACAACAUGGCAUAAAAGCACCGCCUCAAACCGCUGAGGGUGGACAAGGUUUCCCUACAGAACCAGACACUUACCAGCCUCCACCACAGCCCCAGUCUACAGACUAUGGAGCGCUGGUACAGCAGGCCCCAGGGGGUUAUGGGGGUGAUGGGGGUGAUGGUGGCGGUGACGACAGGGACAGUGAGGGAGACGAUGAAGAUGAUGAGGAGAUGGAAGACGUGGGUGAAGGAGAAUCGGAGGGAAGUGAUGAAGAAGGAGAUAUGGUGGUGCUUGACCCAGACCAUCCAUUGAUGAAAAGAUUCCAGAAUGCUUUGAAAUCACAUCUCAACAACCAGAAUGAAAAAGUAUCACUGGAGCUGAGGGAGCUGGAGGAGGCCCUGAGGAACCGUAAGAAGGAACGUGAAGACCUUGGUGUAGAACUUUAUGGUGUUCAACAGGAGCUGGCACGCUACCAGAUGAUGCUGGAGAAGCAUCACGAUGAAUACUCCCAACUAGCUCAGGCACGACUUCAGGAGGAACAACAGCUCCAGGAUGUACGCGCUAUGUACAAGGAAUCUCAAACCACUGUCAACAAGGAGAAAAAGAAAUACGCUGAGCUCCAAAGUGAGGUUGAGAACCUUGCACUUCGUCUCUUCUACAUGCAAAAUGCAAAGGAAGAUGUGAGAUCUGAUAUAGCCAUAAUGAGGAGGGCUGCAGAGAAAGCUGAAACGGAAGUGUCCAAGUCCGAAAUUGAAAAGCAGAAACAGGACUUAUUUGUUGAUCGUCUUGUUGAAAGAGUUGACAAGUUGAAGGAGGAGAUUGCCAUGUAUGAGGCACAGAUCACAGCACAGACCGAGGAAACCCUCGCUGCCCAGGAAGCCUUGACAGAGGCUCACAUGGAGAUUGAGGCGAUUGGCCUCGAGAAGAAACAGCUUUUCCAGCAGUGGAACAGUUCUCUGAUCGGGAUGAGGCGGAGAGAUGAAGCUCACUCAGCCAUGCAGGAAGCUUUAGAACAACAGCAGCAGAAAGUGUUAUCACUUGAGACUGAAAUUGAAGGAUAUAAGAAAUCAAUUUUCAAGGAACAAGAACAAAAUGAAAAACUGACUCUGAUAUUAAACAAGACAGAGCGGGACAUUGAGACAGUGAGAAAGCUGCUCAGUCAGUCACAAGCAAAACAUGACGCACUGAAGGCAGAAUACGCCACCUAUACACGGAUGCUGCACGAGACUGAGCAGGCUCUCAACCGCGCGGUCACGGACAAGACGCUCCGCAUGAAUGAGCUGAAUGCCCUAAGAAAGCAGAUUGAGCGGGAAUACCUUGAGAAGGUGCAGCUAGAGGAUGCCAUUAUGGAGAAAAUGAGAAGUCAGCUGACCAUGGACAAAGCUUCUCAGUACACACGAAAACUCACAGCCAAAAAACGGGAACUCACAAAACAGCUUGAAACACAAAUGGCUGAAGUAGAGAACACUAUAUCUUCAGAUUCAUUGGACAUUUCCAAUGUUCAGACAAGAAUUGAAAGAUUGGACAAAAUCAUGAGAGGUUUGGACGGGGAAAUCGCUGCUAAAAAUGAUAUCAUCAACAGAAGCGAGGCUGAGAUUAUCAAGCGAAACGCAGUCAUUGAGAGGAAGCAGAACAUCAUAGAUCAGUACAACAAAAAGCUUGAAGUUCUGAUCACCAACGCAGGGGGUGUGGAACUUGGACCAUUGGAAAUCAACAUAAAUUCACUGCAGAAGUCCAUUGAGGCACGCCUCCAGGAGAUUGCUGAGCUGCAACAACUGUGGCUCCGACAGCAGACAGAACUUGUUCACCUAUCCAAAGAGAAAGAUAGCCAAUCCCAUUCUGUUGAGAAACUGAAGAAGCAGCUUACAAUCCUCUCACAGAAAAAGAUCCGUACAGAAGGUAACAUAGACGAGGAGAGCCGAGAAACGUACGAUAUUGAGCGUAACAUCACCAACAUGCAAAAUGACAUGAUUAAACUGAACCAGCUCCUUCACAAGGAAACCAACAUUCAGAGUAACCUGCAGCAGGACAAUAUCCUUCUGGAGCAGGACUUUAUCAGGGCACUGAAGGAGGCUGAGCUAGACUCCAUAGAGAAGCAAGCCAAUUUGGACUCCAUCAAAGAAGAGAAAGAGAGACUUCUCAACAGUCUUGUAGAGGCAGAACGCCAGAUAAUGCUUUGGGAGAAGAAGACGCAGCUCGCCCGUGAGACACGGGCAGCCGUUGACUCUGAAGUAGGUCAAGGGGAGAUCAAGGCUAUGAAUGCAGAGAUCCAUCGAAUGACAGUUCGCCAUACACAACUGAUGAAACAGCAGGAGAAGAUGAUCCAGGAGAUGGAGAAGGCCGUGUCUCGGAGAGACACGAUCGUCACUCGCGGAGAUGCCCAGCAGAAAACAAAUAAGAAUGUGCUUACAAAGGGAACAUUUGAACGUCAGAUGGCUGAACUUAGAAAGAAAAUUAAACAUACAAUUCAGGAGGCUAACUCGUGUGACGGUGAGAUCCAGGACCUGAGAGAUCACCAGCUGGAUCUGAGUAGUCAGCUGGAGCAGAAUCAAGUCACGGUUCAACAUCUUCAGAGCAAUUCUGAUACAAUGGAUGGCGACAUUGAACGAUUGCUGGAAGUCAAGCAGAAAAACAUGACAGAAAUUCUAGAGAAGCAACAGAAAACAAAAUACUUCCAACAGGCUAAAGAUGGAAAGUAUACUAUGCUGUGCAAGUCGGAGUCUUCGCUGGAGAACGAGAGCACCAAGCAGGUGGAUCGAAUGCAAGCUCUCAGUGCUAUUGUAGACAGACUUAACCAGGAGUAUCCACAUGUACAGCCGGCUAUGCGGCGUGUCACUUUGGCCUUGAGUGCACGUGCUGAUGUCAGUGAAGACUAAGCCUCCUUUAGACAGUGAUCUCCUCAGUUCGCAUACAAUGGGCUACAAAUUGUCUUUCAUGUUGCAUUCCAUGCUGUUACAUUUCAAUAGCCCUUGGUAAUAUCUUUUUGUGAUCUUAUUUAUGGCUAUACGGUUAUUAACACUCCUACAAACUAUUUCUUAAAUAUUUAUUGAUACAGACCUACAGGCUAAGCCUUGAGUUUUAAUAUGUCACACUGUGUCCUGUCAGAAGACAGUAAGUAUACAGACCACUGGUAACUAUCUAAUUUGUAAUAUGUCACACUGUGUCCUGUCAGAAGACAGUAAGUAUACAGACCACUGGUAACUGUCUAAGGUUGUAAUAUGUCACACUGUGUCCUGACAGAAGACAGUAGGUAUACAGACCACUGGUAACUAUCUAAGUUUGUAAUAUGUCACACUGUAUACAAACCUACAAAUGUAUUAGAAUCAGAUAAAAUAAUAUUGUAUGUUCUGGACCAUGAUGUAAUAACUGAUGUAUGUCAUGGACCAUGAUGUCACAACUGAUGUAUGUUCUGGACCAUGAUGUCAUAACUAUGAGGGUGGAUCUGCUUUGCUAAUGAAACAGGGCAAAAAAGGACCAUAGUCAUUUUCAAAUCUUUAAGAAUUUGAUUGAUUUCUUGAACAUAUAUUGAUUUAAUAUCACUGAUAGAAUAAAUGUGUGCUUGAUGUUGUCCUCAUAAGUAUAGAGUACAGAUACAUUUACAUACAACAUGUAUAACCAGAUAAUACACAUUUGAAAUAUUGAGUUGGAGGAAGACUGUACUUGAUAUUGAGCCGUUGGUGUGAGAUUGGCUACAGUAACAAAGGAUAGUAUACCAUCACAGAGGCUUUACCACUAGUGGCCUCUCAUCUCUGCCCGAGAUAGGACCAGACUGAGCUCACAAUCUUACCAAUGAAACUCCUUUGUAAAUGUUUAUAAAUAUGUCACAAUUGUAAAUACAACUUAUUUAAAUGAUCAAAAUAUGAAAUAAAAUUACUGUCUUGAGC